AUGAGUGAACAGGAAAGGGAGACAGAAGAGGAUGAAGGCGUUACCUCAGACACAGCACCCAUGCUACCCCGAAGAACGUCUGCUGAUUACCACACCUCAGUCCCGGCACCUAUCCUGGCCAACCGAGGCCUCAGGACCCUGGUGUUGUCCGGCCAGGCCCUUCUUGGGUUCCUGCUCCAUCUGCUGUUACCUGGGACAGUCUUCCUACUGGUGUUGCUGCCAGCAGCUGCCAUUGUCUACCUGGGAUUCCUGUGCCACUCAAGGGUUCACCCAGCUCCGGGUCCACGAUGCCGAGCGCUGCUCUCAGACCGCGGCUCGGCGGCGCUCAUUGUGUUUGGAUUCCUCUCCUUGCCGCCACUUCUUGUGCUCGCCUCUGCCGCCCGCUCCCUCCUGGUCCGGCGACUACGCCCUGUACUGCCUACCCCCGCGAGGACCCCCGACCCGCGCCGCACGCUCAGGAGUAGCGAAGAUCUGGCCGACGACCGCCCGGACGAGGAGAAACAACUUUGUGCUUGGGUCUGA